UCUUAAUCAGUAGUUGUUUAAAUUGGAAAUUAAAUAUGCUUGAUAAUGUUGCUUGAUGAUGAUGAUUAUAAUAAAAUUUUUUGAGAAUGCUGUAGAAAUGAACAGUAACUAAUCAUAAAAUUAAAGAUUAUGAGCAACAGAUAAUGAUUUACUUGCUAAUUCUUCUUGCUGUAUUGCAAUGCACUUCCCGAAAAAUGGAUAGUAAAUCUCUAGUUGAAGUAGUAACAGAUUUUAAGGAUUUUAAGAAACUUCUGCGUACAAAAAAUAAUGUGAUGGUAUUAUAUAGUAAAUCAGCUAAAGAUUCUGCAGAUAUAUUGAAGUUAUAUACAGUUGUUGCAGAAGAAAUAAAAGGACAAGCAACAUUAGCUUAUAUAGAUUGUGGAGGUUUAUUUUUUACAGCUAAAGAUUCUGCAGAUAUAUUGAAGUUAUAUACAGUUGUUGCAGAAGAAAUAAAAGGACAAGCAACAUUAGCUUAUAUAGAUUGUGGAGGCAAUGGUGAAUUUCAUAAAGAUUAUGACAGAAAGGAAACAAUUCAGUCAAUGGUAAAUUUUUUAAAAGAUCCAUCAGGCGAUAUGCCAUGGGAAGAGGAUGAAACAGCAAAAGAUAUAAUUCAUGUAUCAGAUGCAAAUGCAUUAGGAAAACUUCUAAAUCGAGAAAAGUUACCAAUAAUGAUGAUGUUUUAUGCACCAUGGUGUGGAUUCUGUAAACGCUUGAAACCAGAAUAUGCUACAGUGGCUACAGAAAUGAAGGGUCAUUCAGUACUUGCAGCUAUGGAUGUUAAUAAACCAGAAAAUGCAGUCAUUCGUCGUCAUUUUAACAUAACUGGUUUUCCAACUUUAUUAUAUUUUGAUUCACUAUAUCUAUUAAUUUUAUUAUUUUAUUUAAAUAAUAAUCUGUCAAUUUUUAGUCCCAGUAAACAACCAGAAAAACCAAAGGACACAGAAUGGUCUGAAAUACCAAGUGAUGUUGUACAUCUUACUGAUGCUACCUUUGAUAGUGUUUUGAUUAAAGAAUCUUCUGUUUUAGUGAUGUUUUAUGCACCUUGGUGUGGUCACUGUAAAAAAAUGAAACCAGAGUAUAUAAAUGCAGCUACUAAUUUAAAAAUGCAAAAUAUACCAGGAGUAUUAGGUGCUGUUGAUGCAACUAAAGAAAAAAGUAUUGCUGAACGGUACAAAAUCACAGGAUAUCCUACAGUUAAAUAUUUUAAAAAUGGAGAAUUUCUUUUUGAUGUAAAUCUGAGAACAGCAGACAAAAUAGAGGAAUUUAUGAAAGAUCCAAAAGAGCCUCCACCUCCACCACCACCUGAAAUUCCUUGGCACAGCAUACCAAGUGAUGUUGUACAUUUAGAUGAAGAAAAUUUUAAACCAUUUUUAAAAAGAAAGAAACAUGUUUUAGUAAUGUUUUAUGCUCCAUGUAAGUUUAGAAAUGGAGAAUUUCUUUUUGAUGUAAAUCUGAGAACAGCAGACAAAAUAGAGGAAUUUAUGAAAGAUCCAAAAGAGCCUCCACCUCCACCACCACCUGAAAUUCCUUGGCACAGCAUACCAAGUGAUGUUGUACAUUUAGAUGAAGAAAAUUUUAAACCAUUUUUAAAAAGAAAGAAACAUGUUUUAGUAAUGUUUUAUGCUCCAUGGUGUGGACAUUGUAAAAAAGCAAAACCUGAAUUCCAGGCUGCAGCUGCUAAAUUUAAAGAUGAUCCAAAGGUGGAAUUUUCUGCAGUUGAUUGCACUGUUUAUACUACAAUAUGCAAUAAUAAUGAUGUCAGAGGAUAUCCAACAAUAAAAUACUUCAAUUAUUAUAAAAAUUCAAAAUUAUAUGAUGGUGGAAGAACUGAAAAUGAUUUUGUAACAUUUAUGAAUAAUCCUCAAAAUCCAGUAUCUAGUUCUUUGCCAUCUGAAACAUCACCAGAACAAUGGUGGGCUGAAAUUGAUGGUGCUGAUAAUCUUAAUCACCUGACUGCAUCCAAUUUUGAUAAUUUUAUUAAUCAACAUACUUCAGUCUUAAUAAUGUUUUAUGCACCAUGGUGUGGACAUUGUAAAGCAAUGAAACCUGCAUUUGCUCAAGCUGCUUUAAUCCUGAAAAAUGAACAGGUAUCAGGAAAAUUAGCUACCGUUGAUGCCACAACAGAAAGAGAACUUGCCACUAAGUAUGAAAUUAAAGGUUUUCCUACUAGUAAGUAAAAUAAUUUUUUUUUCUUAUCAUUAAUAAUGUAAUAGCUUUAUCAAUAA